AUGUGCACUCCUCGCUCAAAUGGCUUAGCGGAAGGCGUUAACCAAGCCCUGUUGGCGUACUUGAAACCAUCUACGAAUGAUCCUAAAGAUUGGGAUACCCAUGUCCGCAUGCUUCAGUGGACAAUGAAUACAAAGAUCAACGCUACAACGAAGUUCGCUCCAAUAGAUCUUGUUUACGAUUUCCCUCUACGUGAUUUGAGUGGAAAUAAGCUCUUUGCGGCACUUCACGACAACGAGGAGUUGCAUAUGAAUGGUCAACGCAGCGAGGCCGUGAAAAACAUUGAAGAAGCUCGCCAGAAAAGGAAAACUAGAUUCAAUGCUAAACAUCGCAAACCUGUUUCUUAUAAAUAA